AUGAAUAAAAUCAAUAAACUGUCCCAUAACACUAAGGUAAGAAACACCAUUUAUUUCGAAGCUGGAAUUGGAGUCACAGGCAACAGUUUCCUUGUUCUCUUCCACAUCCUCAGGCUCGUUCAUGGGCAGAGGUCCAGACUCACUGACCUGCCCAUUGGUCUCUUGGCUCUAAUCCACAUGCUGAUGCUGAUAGCCAUGAGUUUUCUAACUACAGACAUUUUUAUGCCUCGGAGGAGAUGGGGUGACACCACAUGCAAAUUUAUUAUGUUCUUGUACAGGUAUUUAAGGAGCCUCUCUCUCUGUGCCUCUAGCCUGCUCAGCAUCCUCCAGGCCAUCACCCUCAGUCCCAGAAGUUCCUGUCUAGCAAAGUUCAAGUGUAAAUCUCCACGCUACAUGCUAGGUUGCCUUCUUUUCCUCAGUGUCGUCUAUGCGUCCAUUAGCUUUCCCCUCUUAUCAUAUGUGAUUGCGACCCCUAAUUUGACCUCAUCUAGUCUUAUCUACCUCACCGAAUCUUGCUCUCUUGUACCCGUGAGCUCCUUUGUCCGGCACACAUUUUAUAUAUCUUUAGUUGUCAGAGACGCCAUCUUUGUAGGCCUCAUGGCCUUCUCCAGUGGGUACAUGGUGACUUUCCUGUAUAAACACAAGAAGCAGUCACAGCUUCUCCACAGCACCAGGCUUUCCCUUAAAGCAUGCCCAGAACAAAGAGCCACAUGGACCAUUCUGUACCUCAUGAGUUUCUUUGUUGUGAUGUAUACCUUGGACAACUUCCUUGCCUACUUAAGACUCAGAAGUGAUGAUCCUGUGAUUUAUUGCAUGUUGAUUCUCAUAGGCCAUAGCUAUGCCACAGUCAGUCCUUUUCUGGUCCUCAGCACUGAAAGAAGUUUAAUUAACGCUUUUAAAUCCAUGUGCUCAAGGACAGUAAACAUGUAUGGCUGA